CUUGCUGUAUGUGUCCAACCAUCCCGGCAAUUCCUUCUCUUCUUUCCAGCCCAAGGUAACCCCCAGCCUCGCCUUCACAAGUUUCCCUCACCGCAACUUCCAUGCCACCAACUGCCAUAGCUCUCGUUGUCCGCCGUGACACCCCUUUAGGCGUCGGUGUCAUCGUUGGAGUAGUCAUAGCCUCCCUCAUCUUCCUCCUCUUCCUAGUAGUUUUUCUCUGGUGGGCCCACGCCUCCCACUACCUACCGACCCGCUACUUCUACAUCCGUCACCCCUACUACUUCCCCCACCGACGCCGACACCACCACACCUCAUGCGCCGUAUCCCUCCCCUCCCGCUCCAACAAUAGCGCCAGCUCCUCCAGUUCUGAUUCCUGGCGCCGCUGGUACAGGGAACGAGAACGGCAUCGUCGUCGAAACGCAAGACGGAGGAUGAGAGAGGAUUUUUAUGAUCGUGGGAAUGGCCUGGGGUAUGAGAAUCGUUAUAGGGGAGUCUUGAGCGGUGGAGUUGGGGAAGGGUGGCCAAGUCCUAGAGGAGGGUUUGGGAUGGAGAGAGAUUUAAGGGAGAGGGGGUUGGGUCUUGGUGUUGGUGUUGGAUCGCCUAGGGUAGGGGAAGGGUUGGGAAGGGGAAGAAAUGCGUUUGGACUUGGUGGUGGCUUGGGAGGUGGACUUGGAGCAGGACUCGGUGCGGGAGCUUAAGACUAAAAAUGACCGGAAAAGUUAACUCGAAGUAUAUGCAUAGGAGCCAAACGUAAUUUAGGUGCCUGUCUCUCGGAAUACCAAUUAGUAUUUUCAAAAUCGCGGUAAAA